AUGGAGGCAAGAGGACAGUCGGCUGUUCAGGUUGAAUCUGACCAUCAUUCUUCUUCAACAUCUUUAUGGCCGCCUCGCCAAGCAUACGCCGAAUCUUUGGGAUCAGAUGACGAAGAAAAUGAGGAUAUAUCGCGAACGUGGUGGGUGAAAACUUGGUGGUUUCAACGACUCGUUCAAGUUUGUGCUGUUGUGAGUUUGAUAUCAACCGCAAUGAAUUCACCUGAGACGUUUAAAGCAUCGCAUCAUGGACUGAAUUACCUAACUCUGAUACUUGACAUUGUGGUUGCAGUCGUUUUCACCACUGAAAUGAUAGCACAAGUCAACAUGUGGGGGCUAUGGAAAAAACAGAAGGCAUACUUCAAGCGACCACAGUGUAUAUUUAAUGCGAGUAUGCUUCUUCUAAUAUUGCUCUCAAUCGUUUUGCAAAUUGUGGAAUUAUCUGGCGGUUUUUCUCCAGAACGCAUACACGAUUACGCUGGUUUCUCUGUUCCUAGAGCUCCAAGAGCUCUCAUUAUAAUACGAUUUUUUAAUGUACUUAUAACUAUAAACAUGCCGAAGUCGGUCGCGCGCCGGUGUAAGCGACAAAUCUGGGCUGUGACAUUGUUUUUGUUAUAUUUCAUGGCGUUCGGAUCAAUAAUUGGUGUUCAGUUAUUCGGGCGCAAAAACUUUUACUGCGUUAAAAGCAGCACUGAUUUAAAUAACGUAACCUACAAUGAUAUCUUGCUGACCGAUCACAGGUGCAAUAACGCAAGUGGCGUCGAAGGAUAUUUUUGCCCUAGCGGAUUUAACUGUGUUCAUGUGGAUUUCAAUCAGAUGGGCAAAGCGGCGGAUAAAGAUUAUUUUGGAAACUUUCUGCAUAGUAUUUUAACUGUGUAUGAGAGUUCUACGCAAGAAGGCUGGGUGCUUGUGAUGUAUCGAAUGAUGGAUUUUCGAUGGCGUGCCCUGGUCGUUGUGUACUUCGUGUUGCUAAUUUUCUUCGUCGCUUGGUUAGUCAAGAACGUCUUCAUCGCUGUCGUCUCGGAAACCUUCGCUGAUGUUCGGAGCCUGUACAUGUAUGCUCGGAAAUCAUCGAAACGAACUUCGGCUCGGCUCGCUUCUCAAGUCAUCAAAGACGGUGGAACCGGAUGGCAUCUUGUCUCGGUGGAUCACGAAGCUGCCAAAGGCCAUGCCCCCUUGCUUGUUCGACAAAUUGUUCAUUCGGUUUACUUCAAGUAUACAAUGUGGUUCCUCGUUUUAGUUGACGCUCUUGUACAGGCAAGCUCUCCAUACUACUGGCGGAGAUACGCCCAGUUUGGCUUCACCAUAAUAUUCGACUUGGAAGUUCUCUUGAAGAUCACUUGCAUGGGAUUUCGACCGUUCCUUGUCAGCCGUAUGCAGCUCACAGAAUUUGUGCUGGCUGUUGGAAGUACUGUGUUUGCUCUGCCGAUCCUGAUCACAGAAAAAGCCGUUUUCUUAGCAGUUUUCAACGUGAUGAGGGUCGUUCGUCUAGUCGGAGCAGUUCCUACGCUCCAAGAAUUCUGUGAGAAAAUUUUCGGAACUGGUAAGAAACUGGGAAGCGCGAUCGUGUUCACUCUUUUGUUUGUGAUGGUUUCCUCAGUUAUAAGCAUGCAAUUUUUUCUGACAUUGGACCCGAAAAAUUUUGGUACCUUCAUGCGAGCUGUUCAGUCUAUGUUCCAAAUUAUUACCCAGGAAGGAUGGGUUGAAAUUUUGGACGAUUUAGUUCAUCAGUCAGAGAACUGGGGCGCCAAAUUCUUUGUUGUCAUAGUCAUCCUAGCUGUUCAUCUAUUUUCUUCUCUAAUCAUCAUGAGCGUAUUUGUCGCAGUUAUCCUGGACAAUUUAGAACUUGAUGAAGAAGUCAAAAUCAUGAAACAAAAGAAGAUGGGCGGUGACUCGAGAGAUUACACCGAAGCUCUGCCGAGACGCCUUCGUGUCUUCGAGCGUUUCCGUGACGACCCGCGAUUGGUGAAAAUGAGUCGCAUUAAAAUGGCUUCGGAUUUCGCCACUCCGAAGAUUCGUGAUAGUUUCAUGAAAAAGUUUAUUGACUGUACAAAUUUGGACUUUCCCAUGAGCGACGACCCAAGACUUCACAUUGGAGAUAAUUCACAGCUAAGAAGGCGGCGGACUGCAAUUCCAGUUAAACUCUUGAACUCAACAAUCUCCGAAGUGGAUAAGCUUUCAAAGUUUGUCAGAAAACAGUCCAGUAUCACAGCUCUCAUCAAUGACUCAAAUCGCCAGAGAUCCCAUGCGCUGCUGUCGCCAACCGAAAUUUCUUCGCGAGGUGCCGUCCCCGGCGGAAACAAGCAGGUAACUGCAGCGACUAAUAAAGUUUUCCGAUCAGCCUCGAGGCGUUUCCGAAAUCGCCAACCGCAGUCUCCGAGGCCAGCCCCCCAGGGCGGAGUGAAGCAGGUGAUGAGAAUGGCGAGUCAGGCGACCGGGCUUCACUCACAGAUAAAUCAAGAUGACAACAGUAACAUUGGCAGAGAUUUUGAUAUUCAGUGGGUUCGGGUCAAAAGAGAAGAAGCUCAGAGAAAGAGAGAAGCUCAAGAAGAGAAAUUACGCGAAAACCAUCCAUACUUUGACCAGCCGCUUUUCUCUCUACAGCGCGACUCAUGGCUGAGACAGUUUCUCCAAAACAUAGUGAGCGCACGUUACACAAUUCCACCCGGGCACAGAGAGCGCGCGUCACGCAAUCAUAUCUUUACGUUGGAACGUCUCUACAAGUGUUUAGCUUCACAGACGUACUUAGAAUGGUUCAUGAUUUUUGUCACAGUGAUGUCCUGCAUGGCUAUGAUGUUUGAGACACCAGUCAAACGAACCUUCGUCAGAUUUUGGACGGAAGUGAUCGAAUACAUUUUCGUUGUUGCAAUGAGCUUAGAGCUUGGCAUGCGUAUUCUUGCCAACGGUUUGUUUUUUACUCCCAAAGCUGUCAUCCAGAACUUUGGUGGCUUGCUCGACGUAUUUAUCUACUUUGUUGCCCUUGCUUACGUUGCCUGGCAACCACAGUCCAUACCCGCCCGUUCGGGAGCUCAAGUGUUGAUGGUAUUAAGGUGCCUUCGACCCUUGAGGAUCGUCACUUUGGUCCCAAAGAUGCAAAAAGUGAUCCUAGAACUUGUUGGUGGCUAUAAGGAAAUCCUCAAAGUAAGCGCUGUACAGUUCAUGCUCAUGUUUAUUUUUGCUAGCUAUGGAGUCCAAGUGUUUUCUGGCAAGUUUGGAAGCUGCAAUGAUCAAACAAUCAAGGAAAGAUCUAAGUGCAAAGGGACUUUUGAGAUCGACAUAGCACCUCCCCGUGAGUUGCGUGACUUGCAAGGCAGUUCAAGGAUUACCGUCCCGCGUGUGUGGAAGAAGCCAAGAAAUUUCGACUUUGACAACGUGCUGCACGCAUUUUUAGCCCUGUUUGAGGUUCUCUCGUUGGAAGGGUGGCUGGAAGUUCGGGAUGUGAUUAAAGCAGUCGUUGCACCGGAAUACAGUAUCUAUGUUCACAUCUACGUACUCUUAGGAAGCAUGAUCGGCUUGACUCUCUUCGUGGGCGUGAUUGUCAUGAAUUUCAAAGCGAACAAAGGCAUUGCGUUACUUACUGUGGAUCAGCGACGCUGGCAAGAUCUCAAGAAACGUCUUCGACUUGCUCAGCCUCUGCAUCUCGCGCGCAGACCAGACAGCGAAGGAAUCCGUUCUUUUCUCUUCGACACAACGCAGUCAAAGAUUUACAAACGCAUCAUCAUUUUCCUGGUCGUUGUUGAUUGCGUUACACUUACGAUCGUCCAGUGGACGUCUGAGGAUAACCUGCGAUUGCGUGACGGACUCACAAGCACGGCUGCUGCGUGCUCGCUGUUGUUUGUUGUCGAUAUGCUGUUGAAAAUUGUCGCGUUCACUUUCCCAGGAUAUUGGCAGAGCCGGCGGAACCGGUUUGACAUGUUUCUAACCAGUCUUGGAGUACUCUGGGUGACUUUAAAUUUUGCUUUAAAAGGAAGCGGGGAUCCAUAUACCGGGACAACAGUGUUUGGAAUGGUUAUUAUCCUUUUCCGUUUCCUAACUCUCUCCGGUAGACAUGACACUCUCAAGAUGCUGAUGUUAACAGUGGUCAUGUCUCUAGUGAAGAGUUUCUUCAUCAUAGCGGUACUUAUAGUAAUAAUGAUUAGUUAUUCUUUAGCAGGCGUGAUCUUGUUCGGUACUGUGAAGUACGGCGAAGCGUUAAAUCGUCACGCGAACUUCCAGACAAGCUUCAAUGCUAUGAUCCUGCUAUUCCGUAUUACAACCGGGGAGGACUGGAACAAGAUUAUGCACGAUUGCAUGCUGUCUGAACCAUACUGCACGGAAAACGAGUCCACGCCCAAUUUCUGGCAAACUGACUGCGGGAAUAGCGCUGCAGCGCUGAUAUAUUUCAUGACGUUUUAUGUCAUCGUAACGUUUGUUUUCUUAAACCUUUUUAUCGCCGUAAUCAUCGAGAACUUCUCCCUAUUUUAUUCCAGCGAUGAAGAUUCGCUGAUUAGCAACAACGACUUAAGAGACUUUCAGCUUACUUGGAACUUAGUAGACAAGUAUCGAAAAGGAGUUUUGACUGUAAGACAAGCGAAACUUGUUCUGCGCUUACUUAAAGGUCGCUUAGAAGUGGACAGUGGUUCGUUGUUAUUCAAGCACAUGUGCUACGAAAUUGAAAAGCUCCGAAACGGAGGCGAAGUGUCUUUUCAUGAUGUGAUUGGCGUGUUGGCUUACCGCUCUGUCGACAUCAGCCGAAGUUUGCAGUUGGAAGAAUUGCUGGAGCGCGAAGAACUGGAAUAUCAAAUUGAAGAGGAAGUAGCGAUUCAAACUAUUCGUGAUUGGUUUAUUAAUCUGCGUCGAAAGCGUGCCGAGCGGGAUUGGAUACGACAUUUGGAGCAAGGCGGUAUCCCAUUGGCGGGCGGAAUCCAGUUUUCCGACAACAAAAGUCCGGGCGCUUCGAGCGUGGAAAGCAUGGAAAAUUCCGCCAAUGAGGAGCAAGAUCGUGACACUGAAGCCGAGCGUGAAAAUCGUGAACACGACAGCAGUGAAGAUGAUCGUGACGACUUUUCAUUAACUUCUCCUUCGAAGGUACCGUCCAUCUUGCUUUCUGCUCCGUCAAAGCGCAAGAAAUCGGAACGCAAAAUUUCUCCUGCUCAGAAAAGUUCUGUUACGUUUCCGGACGAGCUAUCGAUGUCAGGGAAACGACGAAGUUUACCAGACGCUGUGGCUGCACCUCGCGCGCGGAAGAAAAGCGUCCCUGAAAUGAAGGAGUUUGCGGGAGACGUGCGUGAUUGGUGGACAAGUCAGCUGGGUGACUCUGAAGGAGUUUAACCCUCUCUCUUGCAAGAAUGGCUGAAGUCAAAAUUGAAGAAAAAUCGGAAAAUUCUGCCAGUUGUACCGAAAAACAAUUGGUACCAUGUAAAAGCACUGCUAAAGAGGUUUUAAAAACUUGAAUUGUCACUCUUUAGGACUUCACCCGCGGGUAUCAGGUCGUUUCGCCCGAAGGUCGGUUCGCCCGAUAGCAGUUCGCCCAGACUAAGUCGAUUUGCCCGAAGCGUAUUUGUCGAUCGUUCUUCAAGCCUUAAGAAAGGGAAUCAGCAUGGAAAGACAGUAAAUGCACAUAUGGAAUCCAGGGGUAACUAAAAUAACAUCUCGAAAGGUAUUUUCACCACGUUGUAGAGUGUUGUAUGUCAUCGGCCGAAUCGACUGAUGUCUUUCCGAACGCCGUCGGGCGAAACGAUCGCAAUUCCAUCCGCAGACUCAAGAGUUAGAACCACCCCAUGCAUCACAAUGGAGAGAGCUUAAGCAACCACGACAGCGACGGUGGGGAAAACUCCACUUAAAAAUUGCAUUUGCGCGGUUUCAAACUUCAUCGCUCCCUUUCUUUCAAUUUGUCAAAUGUUGGUGAAUUUUUGUGGAGUUAAAUUCUAAAGGUCUGUAUCUAAAGGUGUAGCAAACGAAAGAUUUGUUUUAUUGCUUUCACGUACUCCAUAAAACGAGAAAUUAGGGAGUUUCACGUCGUAGAUUUGCAGCGACGCUGAAAGUAUAUCAAAAAGCGUGAGGCAAGUGUGAAGUUGUUGUUUUGUUGAUCUUACCCUAUUGCGGGACUUUUUGCCAUUGUCGUUGUCGUCGCCGUCGCCGUUGCUUAACCUCAGUAAUAAAUAUUAUCACAGGAAAGUAUUGCUCAUUAGCUUUCUUUUUAAUGGUCACUACCAUAGAAUAUCUUCCACGGAGUCAUGUAUGUCGCUUUAAUUGACUUCAGAAAAUGGAUUAGUAUUUUUAAGUGAUGCACGUCCACCGGAAGUGGACUUUUUGAACUCUUCGGCUGUGAUUUUGAUCAAAUCGUCUCUAUAAGAGUAAAGGCACUUAUCUAUGCAAAUAUGGUAGCCUCGAGGCAUAGUAAAAGAGAAAAAGGCACACUUCUGGUUGACGUGCCGCGUGCGUCGCUCAAAAACGUCGCUGUUUAAACUUGCUAGUGUUGGGGAAGGAGAGCAUACUGGAAGUCAAGAGGUCUUCUCUGUUGUUUCAGCAGAAAUUGACGAGUAUUGUAGGCGUUGCUCAUGUUUUACCUCGCACCAACCCUUGUUAUCGCUUAACGCUAGGUAACAGAAUAUUCAAAUUACCCUCUUUAAAAACUCUAGGAAGAAUGGGUACAAGCUUUGGUUAAUAGUAUUCAAGGAAACUAUUAACCAAUCAUAAGUAACACUUGUCCAUCAAAACGAUCCCAGAAUUCGUUGCGCCGAAAGCUUGUACCUAUUCUCCUUAUAGUUUCUAGAGUGGGAAAUUUUGGGGCCGUUUGCUUUUACCUUGCGUUACACCUGUUAACGGAUUGUAACGCGCACGGCGGGAGCAGGAGGGGGGGGGGAUGAUAUCCUAUGUGCCACAAGGGAGAUCUAGAGGUUCAACAGAGACGAAUAGGGAGGAGACACGUUUAAAUUAUUUGGCGCCAAAAAAAACUUGUUCCUUUGUGCUUGUGCGUAUAGUACAUAUGUUUUGCAACCUUCAUGUGUAGCAAAAAUUUUAAUAUUAUUUUAAGAGUUUUCAGAACAAUUUUAUGAUUACACUGUAGUUACUGUUGUUGUAUCAUACAAGAAAGUGUAAUAUAUUGGUGUAGAUACCGUCAAAGAGAAAUGCUCUUAUGUGUGUGUGCUUUAUUAUAUCCUUAGAAUCCCAGUAUAGACUGGAAGGAAGACCUGAGGUAUUUUUGACUCGUUAGGUGGGAGGGGGUGGGGUACGUGUCUUUAUGUCCGUCUCUUUUUCUCCUGGUGCAAUUCUACCCAGUUUCAAGCGGAGCCCCUCAAAAUUAAUCCUGAAAUAUCAGGCCUGAUUUGAGCACCUCCAUGGGCUUCUGGCUGCUCAAAUACAUUCUCCGUAUGGGAUUAGGCUAAAUUUUUUUUUCACCUUGCCCACCGGAACUCUAUUUACCAAGCAAAAGCCUGAAGUCACAUUAUCAGAUUACCUCAAAAUGGCCAAUAGGCUCUGACUGUGGGCCUUAGUAGUGUGUCAGUUAAUUAAUCCCCCUCGCUCCCUAAUUAUGACUGGUCUCUCAGUGAGCCAGCUAGGGUUUGGGUAUCGUUCUGAUUCAUCAUGGCGUCUUCUUUAACUUAUAUCACAGUUACGGUCUGUCACUGCGACAGCGGGGUUAUUAGCUCCUGCGCUCUAGCCUGCGAGCGAGCUCUCCUAUUUGAGCGAGCGAAGCAAGCCUCGCGAGAACGCCGCUCGCUCGCGCGUUCUCGCGAGACUCGCUUCGCUCGCCCAAAACGCAGGCUACCUGCGCUCCUGGCGACGAUCAUUUGCUCCUCAAAACAGUGAAUGAAAUUAAAAAUUUCACUCUUAUUUCCUUAACGAAGCAGUGCAACGUUAUUUAAAGUUGUCUCUGCUAAGGCUAAAGAAAACUUCCUUUAGGGCAAACAGGGAGAAUUUCCAAACACGCCCGCGCGCGUGCAGGGAAGGGACGUUAUGUAAUACAAAAGAGAGUGUCCAACCUGUAAACUGGAAACGAGUUUACUCAGUCGUAGCUGAUCGAAGAAGGCAAGAGAGUUUCCACACAGAAAAAAGAGCGUUUUCUGUCGUAAGCAGGUGAGAAAUUAUGAUUUUUGACAUGAGAUGAUUUGCAAGCUCUGACAGUUCUCUCGUUGAAGGGUUGAUGCACUUUAGUGGGUGAUUGUAAAAGUGUGACAUAACGUUUUGCAACUUGUCGCUUGAUAUGAUGAAAUAAGUCAUGUCUCGUAUUGACCUUAGAAGGAUAGAUUAAAUUUACUAGUUUAAAAACUUUUCUUCAACAUUAGAACGCAGAUCUAAAGCUGGAACCCUUAAACAUACAAACCUCUUUCCAUGUACGAAAUAAAACUUAAAUCUUUGCUCAUUUAAAUCAUACGUUUAACCAUGAUUUUUUUUCUAAAGAAUGUUUUCCCUUGCUGGCAAUUUUAAUAGAUGAUUGUUAGUAGCAGUUUAUAAGCUAGGAAAAUGUGCUUAGUUGAGGUGUUUCAUAACAAGUACAGUGUCGAAAAAACCCUGAAGUCAUGGCUGCAGUUAUGUACAUUUGUAUGCAUCAUGGCAGGCAGAAAGUGGGCUAAUACUUAUACACCACAUUUUUCAAAGGACCUUUUUAAUUAGACCUUCUAAAAUCCUCUUUUUUUUUUCCUGGUUGAUUAUGCCAUUUAAAAGGACUUUUUAUACCUGUUUGGCGCAGAUUCAGCAGUGGGAAAUGUCCACUGGUGAGAUCAUGACAAUUGACCAAUAGGAGAGUGAGGGAUUAAGCCUGAUCUAACCUUCUGAUAUUUGACACCACUCCUGACACAGCAUAAUCAUGUCAAAGAUUUUUUUCCUGCACAACCUAACUGAAGCUUGCUUUGCUCACUUUUCCUCCUUGCCAAAGCCUGCUUCUCGCACAUUUAAGAACUUACAAGAGGCCGACUAUGGAGCCUGCAUUUUAAGUGGGCUUAUAUGUGGAGUGACUUGCCGUAAUAAUAUUACUCAAAUCAUCACUCUGCUUUAAGUAAGCACCCCUCCCUUUGAAUAAGUGCCCCCUCCUUAAGUUAAAAAUAUGGAGUAUGUUCUAACUUCAAAUAGCACCUCCACCAUACCCCUCCUUGCUGAAUUAAAGCGUACUGUACGUGCAUCCACAAAUGAGUAUAGCAUUAGAUAUACAAUCACCUGACAAUGGCCAUUUGAGAACAUCACAAUGUAGAAUGAGAUCAGAAGCGUCAUUUUCAUUAUUUGUGUUUCACAACUUGUUUUAAAACUUUCUCAUAUUCUUAGUAGAUAAUAAUAUUAGUUUUCUUCUCUUUAUAGAUAUGGGUGGGAGCUCAUCCACUCCAGUACCUGAUGGUAGCGCUGGAGCAGCCGUCAUCACCCAAGCUCCACCAAGUGGCUGUCCAGUUCAACACACAUCACUUGCUUCAGAGAAAUCACAGCCAUCAAUCAGUGAGUGCCCUGCUCAUCAAGACAGCAGGAUGAGGCCUCAAGCCAGUGAGUGUCCUAUGAGUGCCGGGAGUGGCUGUGAUAGCAGAACCAUUGAUCAAGGAACAGAUGCCUUGGAUCCAACAAACAUGGUAACAGACUACAUUCAAUUAUUUUAUUAAUAAGAGUUUUCACAUUAUCAUGAUGUAGAUCAAUGUAGUCAACAUUUCUACUGCUUACUUCUAGAAUUUUGUAGGAGAUGAGGUUGAGUGAUUAACAAAGGGCCAAGGGACUCCCAUAAAAAUGGCAAUAAGGAGGUUUUGUUAUAUUUCAAGGUUUUUUCCAAACAUUUUACUGUUACCGGGGCAAGGAAUAUCAUUUGUUGUACCAAGGACCUUGUUAUAUAGAGGUUUAUUAAAUCAAGGUUCCACUGCACUCACCUUCUUUUGUCCUACAAUAAUAAUAUUACCUAGUAAAAUCCAGCUAGUGGUCUAUUAUCAAUGCUUUUUUCCGAUUGGUUGAGCUACCAUUAGGCUAUAUGUUAUAGUCCACUAGUAGCGAAAAGCGCCAGCUUAGAGAAAACAAUGGUGGGUGAAUCGCUCAAGGAAUAAUUGUUAAAUAAUUGGCCAUGAUGGGUGUGCUUCAACGCUCACUCUUCCUGCGAGAUGUAGAAGUCAAUCCUUCAACACUUCUAACCCCAGUAUCAGUUUUUUUGUUGAUAACUUUGAUCUACUUACUCAGCAGCCUACAAAUACUGAUAUAUUUCUGUCUCUGAGAGAAGCGAUGGUCAGAAAUGUCUUGAUCAGCUGUAAGCCACAAGCACUUCCUUGAGUACCCUUUUUAUUUAAUUUUAUUCUAUUUUUAUUGUUUUAUCAAACAUCACAUUACAAUGUGUUCACUUAGCUUGGACUGUGUUAUUUUAUCGUAGUAUCACUUUAAAUUAAGUGAAUAAUAAUUACGGUAUUUAUUCAAUUAACCACCCUGGGCACUUAUUAAAUUUUUGGACCUUGAGAGUGGGUGCUUAUUCGAGGCUGGGCACUUAUAAUCAGCAAGUGUAGUAAUAUUUAUUUUGCAACAAGUCAAUAAAUGAUAAUACCAAAGAUGUAACAAAGCAAGGUUUCUGUAAAAUACUCUGAAGAAAACUCUCUUCAGCAAAGUCUCUUAUUAGUCUCUCAUUUUUGUUGAGUGGAAAGAGGAAGGGGGGUGGGUUUUGGUUGUGGGUGCUUAUUUAAGGCUGGGCGCUUAUUAACUUUUUCUACGUUUAGGAUGGGCGCUUACUCCAGGUAGGCGCUGAUUCAAGAUUGGGCGCUUAUUCGAAUAAAUAUGGUAUUUAUGUUUACCUUCCAGAUGCCACCGCCAAACCAAAGGCCAUCUCCUGGUCAGCCAUUUGCUCUGCCAAUUAAUCGCCAAGUGUCAACUAUUCCCCGAGGGGGGGCCGAUAAAAGUGAAAACUGGGUGUACCCAUCUCAACAGAUGUUUUGGAAUGCAAUGCUGCGUAAAGGCUGGAAAUGGCAGGAUGACGAGGUUCAACCCCAUGACAUGGAAAAUAUCAUCAAAAUUCACAAUGCCAACAAUGAGAGUGCAUGGCAGGAGAUACUGAAGUGGGAGGCACUGCAUUACAAGUAAGGCAAUAGCAAAUAUAUGAGGUACAGCUGAACCCCAAGGGAUUGGAGGGAGGGUACCAGCUGCCACAUCUGUGCUACUGAUAUACAGUUAGAACUGCUGUGAGAGGUAUAGUUUUCAAGAACUUCAGUCUGGGAAAGGGUAUAGAAAUCAGAGAAUUUGAGUCUUCUAGAGUAAGUUAUAAUUGUCACUAUAAAGUGUAAUUGCAAAGAAAGCAUCGACCUGGGAAUGCAAGGGACAGGGGGCAGGGAGUUUGGACCCCCCUCCCCCCCCCCCCCCCCCCCCCCCCCCCCCCCCCCCCCCCCCCCCCCUCUUCUCCUUCUUAUUUUUUGGGUGUUUUUUUUUUUUUUUUUUUUUUUUUUUUUUUUUUUUUUUUUUUUUUUUUUUUUUUUUUUUUUUUUUUUUUUUUUUUUUUGUUUGUUAUGAUGUAAGUUUUAAAAAAAGAAGCGGCAUGGGAAAAAAAAGGAAAGGGGGUAGGGAUUUUUAACCCCCUUCCCCCUCCCCCCACCCCCACACAGUAAUACUGCCAGUAGUGGCAUUAUUUUCAUCGGGGAUGUUGUUGUUGUUGUUUGUUUUUUUUUUGUUUUUUUUUUUUUUUGUUUUUUCAGGGAAUGUAGUUCACCGAAACUUCUAAGUUUUCGAGGGAAAGCAAAAGAGUUUUCUCCCAGAGCAAGAAUUAGAAGUUGGAUGGGGUAAGAGCUUUUCUAAAAUCAUUUGGAUAGAUUCCUGGGGUUUUCACUGCUUUGCAGACUGUGUAGAAAUCCUUUAAAUCCUACAUGUACCAUUGACCAUAUUUUCCAAACUGUUUUCAAUACAUUUCCUAUGGUGCUAAUAAGGAGAAUUUGUUUAGCCCGACCCUGGAAAUUUUGCCGAAAAACGCGUUUUGAAGCUAGUUGAGCGGUGUUUUCGUCACUGUCGUGCUGUAAAGAGCUAAAACUUACCAUAAAGCCAUUUACAGGUCGUAAACUUGGCGGCCUUCUGAUGCAGAUGCAAAAUAUUAGCUUUCUUUUUUCUUUUCUCAUUUUUUUCUUUUGCUGGGCAUUUAGUAGGCUUCAUUUUGGUGGGAAAAAAUUUAGGAAAGCUUUUAGGAUCUUAGGAUUAGGUGAAAGGAAAGGUGGGUGGGUAGUGGAACAAGGUUUUCAUGGAAAUUUUCAGGUCAAUGUUACAUGGUUUUUUGCCUUUCUCUGCGGUGUCCUUGACUGAAUUGUGCUCAUUCUGGUUCGGUUUGAAAGAUCUCUUCACUCUGCACAAGUUAACGGACAAAGUUGUCCUUGACCAUUAAAACUCAUAACGUAACAAGCGGUAGAAGGGACGUGGAUUCGCACGGGCGGUUACGGGCGGAUCAGAGGCGAAUGAGUUAACAGGGCAUUUUUACGUGGUGAUCAAUCACCUCACUCUCUUGAAAUUGAUGUGUGUUUCUAAGGAGAAAUUAAAUGCUGGUCAUUCUAAGAGGGUCUCUUUGCUAAUUCCCUAGGUACGAGUUACCAUUUGAUCGUCACGAUUGGAUCGUCGAUCGCUGUGGCCAAGAAGUCCGAUACAUCAUCGAUUACUAUGACAUCGGGGACGAAGAGGCAUACAAGAGAGGCGAGUUUGUUUUCCUUGAUGUCCGACCAGCAAUGGAUUCAUUUCAAGCAGUUUUAGAUAGAGCGAGAGUCGCUGUACUUCGUUGGUCGCUUUAUUUCAGCAAGAACGACGAUUAAAUAGCAUAAAAAAAGUCAUGAACUUACAGAAAUGGCCAUUUAGUCUAUUUACGUGGAGUGACAACGGUUUUUAAGAACUUUGUCCAAGAAAAAGUCAAAAAUUCAUGGAACACAUCUGCGUGGCCUGUUUUGAUUUUUGAGAGUACUCCAGGAGUUUAGAGUCACAAUGAAACAACGUGAUUCCAGCAAAAGUGGAGGAAGAGUGGUUUUGUAACAAGUACAAAACUCGCCGCGAUCACCCAAGAACAUUUCGACAACAA